AUGAAGAGAGACAUCGUUUCAUGCCUCUUGCUGAUCUCGUCUUCAACGACUAUUUUUGCACCUCACCUCGACAACAGGUUUUUUCCCCAAAAUUUUUGUGAGCCGAUCACCAUUAUCAUCUUCAUCUCUCUGUUCUCUUUUCAAUUGAGAUUUCCAUGGAUUAACAUCAGUAUCUUAAACGAUUUCUCUCCUUUUCACGAACCAGGUUAUAAGAGAAGAUCUUUAAUCUAAAGAUAGAGGGAGGUGUUGUGGUGUCAUCAGAUAAGCAAAGUGCAUACGCCAUAUUCUUAAUAUGAGGUUUUGAAGGGGUUGUCAUUGAUAUGAAAUCAAGUUCAAGAACAUACAAACACAUACAAGAGAAAGGACUUAGAAUCGAGUUCAAGAACAAGUACAUUCUACCAAGAAUUACAUUCUUACGAUAAUACAUCACAUUUUCGUAAGAAUAGUUGAAAAAAGUCGAUUAUUUGGACCAUUGAAGAAGAUCAAGUGUAUUUGUUCAAAUAUUGUAUAUUUAAGAAUGCUAUUUGUUAAGAAUUUUAUUCAUUUUUUAUGACAUUCUGGUAGAAUAUGUAUAAUUAUAUUAAAAUGUAUAAGGCUUUUAUUCUGUA